GCGUCUUACGACAUUAAUGUGAUCAAACUAAUAGUUUUGUAUUCAUUAUUCAAAUUCUAUAUUUUACCUCAAUUUCCCAUCCUUUCCCAUUAUAUUGUAUCAAAUAAUACAUUCCAUUUUAUUUUUAUUUUAAUGAAUGUGUAAUACUCUUUUCCAUUUAAGCUUAAACAAAGUUUAAUUACAUUCUGGUAACAAAAUAACAUUAAACUUUACCCACCAGUUUUCAUUUAAUAAUGGAUCGCAGUAAACCCAAAAAUGCAUCCGAAGGCAUCGCCCCAAUGGGAAUAACUACAAUUAACGACAUAGCUGACAGUAACCAGCCAGAAUCUCGAUACGAAUGCCCGGUAUGCCUGAACUGGUUACGAGAUCCUGUGAUUACAACAUGUGGCCACAAAUUUUGCAACAGCUGCAUCACAUCUUGGCUACAAAACAGUGGACAUUGCCCCAUAGACAAUAUAAACCUAAGUAUGAAAGUGGAUAUAUUCCCAGACAACUACACAAAGAGGGAAAUACAACAGCAAAGGAUGUCUUGUCCUUUUGCUGAUAAAGGUUGUACUUUAAAAGUAACACCAUUGGACUUGGAUGCUCACAUAGCAGCCUGCGAAUACAACCAACCCGAAACAUCAAACCAGAUAGACAUCAAAAUACCAUGCUCCUUCCAAGCUGUUGGAUGUAAAGAAACUUUUAAAAGUCAGGAAGAGAUGAAUGCACAUCUCCACAAUGAAACCCAGAGUCAUAUGAGUUACAUUUUGAAUGCAUACUCAGAGAUGAAAAUAAAUAAUGACAUGAAUGCAAGCAUAGAUCCUAAAGAACAGGAAGCAAUGAUACUAUGGGAGCCAGACAAGAAUGAGGGACAGAAUCCUGCACCACCAAUCACUAACAUGGGCACACUGAUACGAGCCUUAUACGAAAGGGUCGUGGUACUGGAACAAAGGAACCGCGAGCAGGACAUAGUGAUCGCGAACAUUUCCAAGCAGUUGUCUGCGUUUGCAGUAGCUAAAAACAAACAGAACCAAGAUAUGCUGCUCCGCUACUGCAUGGGCAACUAUGUGUGGCGGAUAGACAACUUCCAGGCCCGACUCGAUGCCAUGCUCAAAGAUCAUUACAAGAUGCUUUAUAGCCCUGGGUUUUACACUUCACCGAACGGAUACAGAUUUUGCGUCCGCCUAAACAUAUCGCCGCAGAAUCCGCUCUGCUUCGCUCUCCACGUACAUCUAAUGAAGACCGAAUACGAUGACUGUCUCGAGUGGCCUUUCAACGGACGCAUCUCCUUUGCCAUGAUCAACCAGUACGAGCCAGAGCUCAGCCAGCGAGACACUAUGAUGUCCAACUCCAGUUUGAUCGCUUUCAGAAAACCCACAACAGAAAUAUGCGUCAGAGGCUUCGGAUACACGGAAUACGCAGUAGUAAGCAACGUCGUCAAAAACGGCUUCGUUAAAGAAGACUGCCUCAUUGUACGCGUUCAUAUAAAGUGCGUAUGACAUGAGGAGUGAAUUUUUCGUUUGACAUUUUACGACAUUAACACAUUCAAAUAUGAUGAUCUUGAUAAGUUAAGAAAUCUCUAAGUAUUGCGUUUAAACAAAACUAACAAGUUUGCCUACCAUUCCGCUAUCUGUGAAAUUGUCACUUUCGAGUGGCCUUUCAUCGGGCGCAUCUCCUUCGCCAUGAUCGGUUGAUCAAGCCAGAGCGCAGCCAGCUAGACACUAUGAUGUCCAAUUCUAGUCUCAUAGCCUUCAGAAAAUCCACGACGGAAAUAAGUAUCAGAGGCUUCGAAUACACGGAAUACGCCUUGGUAGGCAGCGUCAUUAAAUACGGCUUCGUUAAAGAUGACUGCCUCAUUGUACGCGUCCAUAUAAAGUGCGUUUGACAUGAGAAGUGAAUUUUUAGGACGCCAUAUUACAACUUAAACACACUUUGUAUACUGAUCAAGGAUCAAACUUGACGAGUUAAGGAUUCCGGAAGCACUGCUGGCUGAUGAACAGACUAACAUAUUUAGUUGCCAUUCCGCUAUUUGCCUUCUGUUGUAAACAGCCGAUUCAAAUCGUUUUCGAUAUAAUGGGGAAACAUAAAAACUGUAUAGGUUUUCAGGAACUUAUUUUACUUAUAUUAAUAUUUGUUCACAUAGCGACUUUGCUGCCCUUGGUUCUUCAAAUCAGUUUUUUUUCUGAUUUAUUUUACAGACAGUUUUUUUUUUCUAAACUUAGGUCCAUAAGUAUAGAUGAUUUAUAUUUUCCCUUCAUCAGGGUAAGAAAACUCUUAAUGAGUUCCAUUUUUAUUUCAAAACAAACAAUUCAUAUAGUAUAUAUUAUGUUACCCUUGGCGAGGUGAUGGUUUUAAAAAAGUGAUAUGUGCCUUCUGCUCUGGGAAGACAAUUGUGCCGGCACUUCACUUGGCUAUUCGUAUUUGCUA